CCUGUUGCUAUGGAGACGCGCCCUCAUGGCGGCGUAGACACAGUCAUGAGGCCAAAGCCGAUGAGAUGGACAGUACCCUGCCAGCAGUAGCAGAAGAGCUGUUGAAAGAGAUCAAAAAGGCUUUUAAGGAGACCUCGCACGUUCCCGAUGACCUGCUGCUGGGGCUGAAGUUCAUAUUUGGCUCAUGUGCUGUCCCAGCUUUGGAUCUGGUGGAUCAGCGUUCUGUCACCCGAGUCACAUCCCCCAGUGGAAGGACUGCAUACCAGGUCCUUGGUAGCUCAGGCAAACUCUACACCUGCUACAGCUCCUGCCACUACUGCACGUGUCCUGCUUUUGGGUUUACUGUAUUGCAGAAGAGCGAGAGCCUUCUGAUCCCUGUAUUACGUUAUCCUCAUGGCAGAACUGACCAGGGCCAACUGGAGCACCAGCCUGUGCCAGGGCUUGAUGUGCCAAGAGACAACCAUGUUCCUAGGAGGGUGCAAACAUAUACUUGCUGUCUACCUCAGUCAGGCCAUGGGAGCCUGCCAGGAACUAACUGUGUCUGAGGAGCAGCUCACAAACAUCUUACUGGCUAAUGAAGAGGAUGAAGGAUGAAGGAUUUGCAGCACAUAUGGAUGUGCUUUCUGUGUACCCUCCCGGCUCUGUAGCUGGCAUUUUUUGUAUUUACAAGGCUGUCAAAUGUUCAUCAUGGCUGGUAGGUUUCUUCCUGUGCUGUGGCCAAGUUUGACAUUAAUUAGCAGCCUUGAACUGGUAGAUUAAUUAAUAAAUGUUAAGAAGCCUG